UGCUAUAACGGUACUGAUUGUAGCCACUCUGAUGGUUCAAGUGAGAUGCCAAAGGCCUAAAGUGAUAAACCUCGGUGCUGUUUUCACUUUUGAUUCCGUUAUCGGAAGAGCUGCAAAAGUAGCUCUCGAGGCAGCUGUCUCUGAUGUGAACGCUGACACAAGCCUUCUCCAAGAAACAGAGCUACGUCUUUUUGUGGAGGACUCUUCUUGCAAUGUCUUUCAUGGAUCCUUCGCAGUGAUAAGAAUGCAGGUGGGCCGUGGGUGGAUGCAUUGUUUGUCUUCCCCCUGAGCCAAACCUAGUUCGAAAUGGGAAUACUACACACAACAUAAUAAACCUCUUUGCCGGCGUCGGGUCCUUCUCCCCGUCUCUUGUUUCUUCCUGCUCUGGUCCUAUAUCUUUUCGUCGCUUUUGGUUACGGAUUCCGUCUUCUCGCCGUCUCCUACGGCUCGCGUCCUAUGUUUCUCGAAGCUCCUCACACCAGAUCUGUUCGCCUCCUUGUACGAGUAGAGUCAACGCUUGGGUCUCAGACGAAUCCUCCUCUGCUCACUGCCGCCAUCGUCCUUCCUUCUUCAAUCCUCGGCGCCGCUCCUCCAUGUGGAAACACAACCACCGGAUCUACUCAUCCAGGGCUUGGGCUCGCCGGAUCUUGAGGUUUGUGUAGAUCUAAAGCGCUUUCACCAUUCCUCGCCACCUUCACCUUCAAUGAGACUCCACCAUACUGCAUUAAAACUCUUUCAAUUUGGAGUCCAAAUUCGUCCACCAUCCCCAUCUCCAACCGCUGUCUCUCACCAACCCUCGUCUAUUGCCUUGCUGGUCUUGGUCCCGUCGUGUAUCCUGUCUUCGUAACAGCGCCGGCUCACCAAAGACUCAACGGAGACAACCUUUCCAAAAAAAAUCUAUUGAAAUCUCCGGCAAAACAAAUGCUCUUCCCAUCACGACUCCCCCAACGUCCUUACCCAGAAGUUUACAAGAGACAUCUGUCAACCGGAUUUUUGAGCCCCACCGGACGUAGAGAGGCUGAGACGUUUUCAGAGAACGGCAUCGGCGAAUCUCUCAAACACAAAACCCUAAUCUGCACUCUCUUGGGUAACUCAUGGGCUUGGGCUUUGUUACAUCAGUUGGGCCACAUAUAUAUUUUGAGAGGUUCUGGGCCCCUAAGAUUUUACGUGAUCUUCAUCUCUAAAUUCAGACUUCUCAGGUCUUAUUUGCUUUUGGUUCUCUUAGAGAUUCACAUAGUCUUUUCGGAAAGCUUUCUCGGUGGCUCCAAUUGUAGGCAUCAAAAGCCUCAAUUUCACGGCUCCAUCCGACAACUCCCUCCGACUUUGGAAGCAAUUAUGCUCGACUCAGUGUUGAAUUCAUCAAUGGAAUCGGAGAUGAAAAGAGUUUCAACCGACUUAUCAUUUUGCUUACCGAACUGUUUGCUUCUCGGAACACUUGAGAUUCACCUAGUCUCCCGGGACAUCGUAGACGGUAUUAGAGCUGUCCUCUUUCGUUUGACGGGUAACUUAGUCUCUAUUGGCUUCCCACCCCUCUUCCAACCCCUUUCACUAGGGUAUUUCAACGUCUUUACAGACUAUUUGAAGUUCUUCCGAACUGUGGUUUCAAGGAUUCAAGUGAAGAUUAUCCGCGGAUCUCUCUACUUCGAGCUAGCCUCUCCUUGCAACACUUCUAUCCCUUGUUUUACGGCUUUGUUGUCUUUGUUUUUUACUUUACCGUCGAGCAUACCUCCGGUUGUAAUCGCUGAAACAUUUUAGAUUUGAUUUAAUGAAUUUGUGUUACAAAAAAAGUUCAAGUGGUUGUUAAUUUGUUAUUUUGCAGCGUUUGAAGUGCUUGGGAAAGAAGUGGUGGCUAUCAUCGGUCCUAUCUCAUCCUCCAUCGCUCAUACAUUAUCAGACAUUGCAAAAGGGCUCAAGUUCCCCCUCGUCUCAUUCGCAGCAACUGAUCCAACACUCUCCGCCCUCCAGUUCCCCUUCUUUCUCCGGACCACACCUGAUGACGCCCACCAAAUGUCCGCCCUUGUGGAACUCAUCGAUUUCCACGGAUGGAAAGAGGUGAUAUCUGUUUACUCAGAUGACGAGCUCGGAAGAAACGGAGUUUCUGCUCUUGAUGAUGAGCUUGACAAGAAAAGAUUCAGAAUCUCCUAUAAAGUGCCGCUCUCAUUACACGCUGAUGAAAACUCCGUCACUGAUGCUUUGAACAGAUCCAAGUCCCUUGGUCCUAGAGUCUACAUCCUUCAUUUUGGUCCUGACCCUUUGCUCAGAAUCUUUACCAUAGCGCAGAAGCUGAAGAUGAUGACACGUGAAUACGUGUGGCUCGCCACAGACUGGCUCUCAGUUACCUUAGAUUCCUCUUUGAGUGGGGAAGAUACUUUUAAACGUCUUGAAGGAGUAGUGGGGCUUCGUCAAUACAUACCAGAAUCCAUAAAGAUGCGCCAACUAAAGAGGAACAGGUCAAUGAAUGCCUACGCGUUCCAUGCAUAUGAUACGGUGUGGAUGAUUGCAUACGGCAUCGAGAAAAUGUUGAAUGAGGGAGUCAAGAUAACAUUCUCUCACUCCAAGAAGUUAACUCACGCACAAGGACAUAAACUUCACCUGGAGAAAGUCAAAAUAUUCAACAGAGGGGAGGUACUACUUGAGAAGCUUCUGAAGGUUAACUUCACCGGUUUGGCCGGUCAAGUUCGGUUUGGUUCUUCUGGUCGAAAUGUCACUGGCUGUGACUACGAAAUCAUCAAUGUGGACAGAACAGGCGUUCACACUGUGGGUUUCUGGUCGAAAAAUGGUGGUUUUUCAGUUGGUAACAUAACAUGGCCUGGUGGUGGCAGUGAAAAGCCACGUGGAUGGGUCAUUGAUUCCGAAAAUCCACUGAAGAUUGUUGUCCCUAAAAGAGUUAGUUUUGUCGAGUUUGUGACUGAAGACAGGAACACUAGUACCCAUCAUAUCAAAGGCUUAUGUAUUGACAUCUUCAUUGAAGCAUUGAAGUUACUCCCUUACAAUGUUCCUUACAAGUUUGAGUCAUUUGGGGAUGGCCAUUCAAGUCCUAAUUACAGCAAGAUUAUUCAAAUGGUAUCGGAUGGCGUAUACGAUGCAGCAGUUGGAGAUAUUACAAUAGUCCCAACCCGGUCCAAACUAGUAGAUUUCUCGCAGCCAUAUGCUUCCACAGGCCUUGUGGUGGUGAUUCCAAACGUCUACGAUGGGACUUGGAUCUUUCUGAGACCCUUCACCACUCAGCUAUGGUGCGUUGUUCUAGCUUCAUUUCUCUGUAUUGGCGUUGUCAUUUGGAUCCUCGAACAUCGCGUCAAUGAAGAUUUCAGAGGGCCACCACGAAGACAAAUCAUCACGAUGAUCUUUUUCAGCUUUUCCACUCUCUUUAAGAGAAAUCAUGAAGAUACGAUAAGCAAUCUAGCGAGACUAGUGAUGAUUUUUUGGCUCUUCCUAUUGAUGGUUCUAAUCGCGAGCUACAAAGCGGAAGUCAGCUCAAUCCUCACAGUUCAACAGCUUCCCUCUGCCAUUACCGGCAUCGACAGCUUGCGAGCAAGUGAGUUGCCUAUCGGUUACCAGUCUGGGACGUUCACUUUCGAGUACUUAACCUACAGUCUUGGCAUGGCUCGGUCUAGACUGGUCCCACUUGACUCGAUUGAGGAGUAUGAAAGGGCUCUAAAGCUAGGGCCAAACGCUUUGGGAGGCGUAGCUGCUAUUGUUGACGAGCUCCCUUACAUUGAACUGUUCUUAGCGGAACGGACUGGUUUCAAAAUUGUCGGAGAGCCGUUUAUGAACCGCGGUUGGGGAUUUGCGUUUAAGAGAGAUUCUCCACUGGCUAUAGACAUGUCAACAGCGAUCUUGAAUCUCACUGAGACGAGAAAGCAGAAAAGGAUUCUGAAGAAAUGGCUAUGCAAGAAGAGCUGCGGAGAGAAGUCAGAUUGGAACCAACCAGAGCCAAACCAGUUUCAUCUCAAGAGCUUCGAAGGGUUGUACCUUUUCUGCGUUGCGAUCACUGUCUCUGCGUUCUUGGUGUUUGUUCUCAGGAUGAUACGCCAGUUCGUGCGGUACAGAAGGAGUGAGAGGAUAAGCUUGACGCCACGAGCUUCUUUGUCGUCUUCUCCUACGACGACGCGUUUAUGGGGAUUUAUGUUGGGUUUCGUGGAGUUUGUGGAUGAGAAAGAAGAAGCCACUAGGAGUGAUGAUGACUCUAACAACAACCCAUCUCAAGUUGUGGAACUUCAAGGUGAUUCUGAGGUACGAUAAAGUUGAUGAGUAGACUCCACUUUGUAGAAAGGCAAGUUGUAUUGUAAUUACAUAUGAGCUAACAUGUAAGCAAGAUCACAAAAAAAAAAGAUCAAUGAAAUAAAACACACAUAAACACUGAAAUAAAACACACAAAAAACAUCAGCGAAACAAAAACACAUAAACAAAAUCAUCAAGACCACAAAAAAAAAGAUCAAAAGCCAUCAGAGAAAGUUCAAAAAAACAUAUUUGAAACACAAAUAGAGAAAAUGAGUUGAUAAGGUUCCAACAAUAACAAUGAAACAAAAACACAAAUAACAAUGGUCUUAGCAAAAGUUCACAAGGAAGUAAAAUUCAACAGAAAAACCCAGCAUGGCUUCUUCUCAGGUUCUUCUUGACUCUUCCCACUGAUUGACUCCUCUGCAUCCCCUUUAAAGAAAUAAAAAAGUCACGUUGCAGGCAUCAAUGGUUUUAAGUUUCUUUACUGAAAUGAGUUCAGUGAUGUACCUUUCAAACUGUCUGCUGACUAAAGUAAGCUCUGA